AGGAAACUGGUGAAACGGUUUCAUCCGCAUCGUCUUAUUCACUAUUCAAACCGAAACCGAUCCGAAAUGACUAAAAUUUCCGUAAUUUUCGCGAUAUUUCUAACCAUCCAACAAGUCGUUUCCCAAUUACGGCUUAUCAGGACCGAAGAUAAGACCAAAUGCCCCAAAGUGCGAGCCAUAAGGAACUUCGAUUUGCAACAGCUGUUGGGCGAAUGGUACGUGAUCGAGUACUACGCCAGCUCCGAGGAGGCCUUGUCCUACAGAUGCAUGCGGGCCGAGUUCACGAUGGCCUCCUUCGAGAACGUCAACAUGAACUUCACCUACAGCUUCGUGGACGAUCCCCUCAACGAGCUGCUGAUGGGCAACAUCUCCUGGGUGAUGCCCAACGCGGGCGAGCCGGCCCAUUGGGUGCAUUCUGAAGAUACCUACGAAGGGGUUUACAAUACAUACGUCUUGGAUUCGGAUUAUACGUCCUGGGCUCUGUUGUUGCACUGCGCGGAGAAGUCCAAAGUACCGAGGUACUUGUCGAGUUUCAUAAUGAGCAGGGAGCCGGCGUUGGGGAAGAACGUGAUCUCUUACUUGAGAGAUAAGCUGCCCAGGUACGAUAUCGAUUUGUCUUACAUGUUCGAUAUGCAACAGGCUAAUUGUAAUUCCACCGACGCGGAUUUACCGCCUUCGGUGUUGAUUAACCGACCGGCGGUUGCUGGUAGGAGACAUCCUAUGAAACAUGUACACUAG